GCCGUUACGGGCAGCAGUGCGGAGCGUCCAUUCACCAAGAGUGGUACACUCGGUCGUCGUCACACUACAUCGUUUCGUACAUCUGACAGCCUGAAAAAAAUUACGUAAAUAUUACAACAGUCGUACAUUGAUUAUGAAACGCUGGCAGCGGCGGUCGUUCUAGCGUCUAUUACUUACACGAAGCCUUAAACUUAGUGCUCGGUGUCGUCCGCGUAUUGUUUUAGUGCGACUUGUUUGACCCUGGUGAUUUUUUUUUAUAUAAUUUCCUAACCCUGUUUCUUAGUGUCCGGCCGUCUGUGCUUGUGUUUUAUUUUUCCGGAUUGGAUUAUCACGGUUAAUUAAAGAUACGAGAGCGAACGAGAUGAUUUCAACGUAAAACGUUGUGACAAUUUUCUGUGCCAAAAUGAAAUACUCAAGAAAUGGCUGGACUUUUGUGAAAUUUUAAAACGUUCGCAUGAACGAGAGACUCUUUUUCAAAAGUAUCAAUGGUACGGUGAAAAUAGUAGAAUAAAAUGGGGCGGCGACGUUGGAGAUUUGCGACAAUCGUCGCUUUCCUGCUUUUUAUAACAAAAGACACGCAGUGUCAAGAUGAAAACGACUUUUACUACACACCAGAAAGAAGUUUUGCUCAAGUACAACCGCCUAUAUUUCCAAAUAGUCGACCGGCAACUUCAUUCUUCGAGCAUGGUGAUAGUUACAGAGUAGCAUCAUCACCACAACAGCCCCUAUAUAAUGAAGGGCGUGUUAGAUUUCCGGUCCCAAACUACGAUCAAAAUCCUUCGCCUUUUCAAUUACCAACAGGCAGAAGUCAGUCUGGUACGCAGUAUUACAUAAACCAACCCGAAUUUACGACAUCGCAACGGCAAAGGUUUAGGCCCUCUUUACCUUAUAAUUUUCAACUUGUGCAUCCAGCUUCUACAAAGAGACCAGAUGUAUCACAAAUACAUUCCGUUGCUUACCAAAACGAUCCAUCGAAACCUGAAACAUUUUUGGGACAAAUUACAUUAAAUAAUCCUGAUAUAGAUUAUCUUCAAAAUAAUAGAUAUAAAAAUUUACCUUUUGAUGGAAACAGUCUUAAAAGCAAUGGACAAAGCGGUCAUAUUGUACAUGAUGACGAAAUUGACGAUGAUCAAGAUUUAUUUGAUCGGCAUAAAGUCACAACGUACAAUCCCACUAAACUUGCGGGUAGACAAAAAAUCAAUAUAAAACCAAAUAAUUCGAGAUUUUCUCACUUUGAUUCUCCUUCAAUAGACAUCAAAAAAGUUUCUCCAAGUGUGUCGGAAACUAAAUAUAAUAGAAAUGGUAAUUUUAAACCUAUUAAAAAUACUCCUAUUAGUUACCAUGGUUCUUCAACAGAAUACAAAACACUUUUAGAUUUGGAACCUCUUCUUGAAGAUGAUAUUAGUGACAUAAGUUCAUUUAGAGAAUUAAUGAAAAAUAAUCAAGCAUCCUACGAUGUGCAAGUUAUAAAAUCAAAUAAAACUGCUGAAACAGAUGAUAGCAAACCAGAUGCAAGUUCAAUGAACCAUGAUAAUAUACCAAAUGAUUCUGCUCCAAUGUUGAUGUCUCUUGAAUCUUCGACAAAAACAUCUACAACUAUUACCGCUCCAACUACUACAACAAUAAAAACCAACGAUACUGAUGAAACACAUGAAGAUGACCUCAAUGAAGAUCUAGAUGAAGAAGGGGAGUAUGUUGAAUACUACGAUGAUGAAGAUGACACUGAAGUAAAACAUACAACAACCUCAAAAACAAUAAAGACUUCUGCAGAACCGGUUACUGAUAUUUAUGAUGAAUACGAUGCUACUGAAGAACCUGAAAAAGUGUCUGAUGAAGUACCAAUUAAUAAUACUAAGUCUUUUGAUAUAUUAGUUAUGAAACAGAAUAAUACGAUGGUAAAAGAUGACAAUUUUAAACAAUUUAUUGAUACGACGGUUAUCGAUCGGCCAGACCAUGGAAAUGAUAGCGAUACUACUGCACCGAGUUUGAAAUUUAUAUUUUCAAAAGAAGAUGAUACAUCUAUUGAAACACCAUCCAUUUUAGGUCAAGAAGUUGUCUCUGUUGUUACCACGAAAAGUGUUGUAAAUGGUACUAUUUCAAUACCUGAUGUAACUUACCCAUCUACAUCCAAAUCAGCUGUAACUUUUGCAAUGAAUAAUGAAAAUAAUGAAUCUUUCCCAAUGACAACAGAAAAUUGGAUCGUAGUUGCCUCUGUGCAAACAAGUCGAAGUGUUUCUGGCGCUCGGUUCCUUCCUUUCCCAACAGUUGAGCAAGAAGAAAAGAAACAAGUAUUAACAGAAGACGAGGAAGAAGAAGAGUCUAUUACUCAAAAUCCGAAGCAUGAUUCUAGUAGUCUUAUUAACAGUUCUUCAUCGACUGAAAAUAUAAACGAUAAAUUGGAUAGCAUACAAUCAGAAUUAUCUAGCGCAGUGCUAUCUGGAAGUCUUAAUAAAGAGAAUAAAAAUAUAGAGUUGAUAACAGAAACGACAACAGAACAAACGACUAAGGCAACUAGCACCACUACUAGUACUACAACUACCACAACGACCACUACCCCUACGACGGUAAAUGUGUUUACUUUGAAAAGUACACAAUUCUCUGUUGCCACAGAAAGAUCUUCGCCAGACCCGUUGCCAGUACAAAUAAAGAAAUUUGCUCAUAGACUAACGACUUCAACUACACCAAAACCGAAAAAAAAAUUGGUAACAGUUAUGGAUGACCUUUCAGGCUUACUGCCACCAGGAUACAAGCCACGACAAUCAUUUAAAGAUAAACGUACCAGUACUACGACAACGACGACAACAUCAACUACUACAACAAUGAAGCCUACAACUAGCACAAGUACUCCAGUUCCUAUAAUAAAUAAAGAUGCCAAAAUUAUAAAUGGUACUCAAGGUCGUUCUUCUGGUAUUAGUUCUAAAAACAAGGUUAUUAUAUUAGACGAUAAAUCCCUGCUUCCAAAAGAAUAUAAGCCCAAGGAGAGAACUCCUGAUGAUUUAUUCAAAAAGUUCCAAAAAGAUGAUCUUAGUAAACUUUUACCACCAGGCUUUAAACCAGAAGUUGUUGAAACCACUAACACUGAAAAUAAAGACAAACCAGAUAUUUUGAAAAAUGUUGAGAAACUAGAUAUAUCAGCUUUCUUACCAAAAAUCUUUAAACUUAAUACGUCAACUAUAACAACAACUGAAAAAAUUAAAACUAUACCGAAGCUAGCAAUACCAGUUGAUAUUACUGCCUUAUUACCGCCAGGAUACAAUCUCAAUAAAAGUGAAACUGAAAAAAAUAUAAACGAUUCUCCAAUAGUUAAAUUGAAAUUAGCUGAUGUUUCAAAUUUACUGCCUCCUGGAUUUAAAUUGAAUACCUCAGAAGAAACUACAUUAAGUACAACAACAGCAUCUUCGGGUGGUUUUAAAUUAGUAUUUCCCUCAAGACCUAACGGAAAAUCUAGCAGAAAAACUACGACUCAAAAAUCGAACUUAGGUCCAUCACAAGUAACGCCAAAGAUUCAAAAGGGCUGGCCAACACGAGCUUCAACUGAAUUUACUGGUUGGCCAUCACCUUCAACAACGCCCUUUUCUAUUGAACGACUGCUUGAAUUGCAACGUAAUGCGACUUCUACGACCCCACAAAUAGAAAUAAGUACCGAAUCAACGACACGGCGACUAAUAAUCUCGACUACAACGACAUCGGCACCUCCUCAACCAACUACUCCUGGAAUCUGUCGCCACGAAUGCGAUAUAGCAGCUACGAUAAAAAUAGUUUCAGGAGUUAAAUGGGUACCAGAAUUUUUGGAUCAACAUACCAAAGAAUGGCAAAAACUAGCUAAGGAGGUAAAAGAGGAGCUUAAUUCCGUCUAUUCAAAAUCUGAUCUGCUAAGCAAAUGGUACAAAGGCAUUCGCAUAGAUGGAUUCAGUCAAGGCUCCGUUCUCGUCGAUUACUUUAUUGAACUUAAUAAUGUGGAGCAAAGAGUCGAUACAACACAAUUGAAGAAAUUUUUCCAUAAAUCUCUUCACGAAGCAAAAUCCGGUUCUGUAAUGGAAGAAGAACAGACCGAUACCUUCGACCCUGAUGCAAUGUUAGGAGACCAGCCAGAUGAGGAUAGAAUGAGAAAAAGUAAUGAACAGAUGACCAAAACUAUUGACAAGUCUGCAGGGAAAUUGGAAAUGGGAAAAUUUGUUAUGGAUCCAGCAUACACAGAAUUUAUUGUUUUGCCAAAACGCGAGGAACCUACUGUUGCCGUUCCUGACGAAGAAUCUCUUCUUCCGCAGUGGGGCAUUGCUGUAAUUGUUAUAGCUCUAGCGUCACUUCUUUUCGUAGUUAUAUUUGGUGUGACUGUGCUUGUUAAUCGCCAAAAAAGUACCAAAACGAAGCAGCCUAUUCCACUGAGUGAAGACAUGUUACGAGAACUUGAUAAAAGUCAUAUGGGUGGAUUUGAUGACAUGCAUCAGUUGAAAGAACGAGAUUUGCCGUACAUACCGUCCGGAAAGCGUAUGUCAACCGCCUUCAUAGAGCAACUGGCAUAUACAAACCCUGGAGAUUCGUGGCGAUCAGAAUGGACUCCACAAUUGCAAAAGCAUAUGCAACAUUAUACACCUGAUUCUGGGCGGGGAUCGCAAAUCUAUGGCACCACUGGCAAUGGUUACGGAGGGUCGCAGCUUUACGGGCAGGCGGGCGCAGGAUCACAAGUAUACGGUUACACGGGGGAGUUCCCUCGCUCACACUACUCACGACGCCGCUCCGACUACGAUAGCAACUUCUAGAACUUCUCUAACAUUACAAAUUUAACUUAACCCCUUGACAAUAUCAUCUUUAAACUUCGUGUUUAGUAUUAGAAAAUAGUUUCAGAAUUAUCAUUUAGAUGUUCAUAAAUAUCUACAAGAGUUGGGUACUAAAAUCAACUUUACCAGUUUCCUACAAAUAUAUACCCAGCUUAGUUCAUAAACAGGUUGUGAAAUAGGUAUGCUCUCAUUAUUUAAUCAUAAAUCAUGAAACUCAAUUUCGUAACAGUUAACCGAAUUUUUUCUAGGUCUAUUUUAGCCGCUUAUAGUCCGGCCUAUAUCAUAAACUACAUUUUGUGCCAAACCGGAAUUAACUUUCGAUAUUAUAGUUAACGUAAAAAUAAUAGAACUAACAAAUUAAACUGAAUGGCCUAAAAAUUGUAAUGGCUAUUUGAAAUUAUGAAUUAUUUGAAAAAUAUAUAUAGAACAGAAGAUUUAAAAAAUGAAUCCGUAAAAUUUAAGAGAAUCUGCCAAAAUAGUAACUUUGACUGAUCGUGAGAUGUAAAUAGAUAGAAUAAGAGCUCACCAAUAUUGUAAGUCGGAAUAAGGUGAGUCUAUACAGAAUCCUGUAGAUAUCUCUGCAUACCUAUAUUUGCUCAGAAUCCGUAGUUUCAUUGGCAAUGUGACAACGUGUAAUAGUGUGCCAACAAACAAUUGGUAUGUAAAUAUUGUGGAGAAUAUGCGUUAUUCUUUUUAUAUUACGCGAGUUCGAUUAUAUGUGUAACCUAGAUUGGUGAACAUGUGACUAGUAACCGAACGAUAUUUAGAGUGAAGUGGUUAAGGCCCUGAUCGACGUGCGAGCUUUAUCGUGGUUUUGAUAGCUCGCUAGUGGAUCACGGUAAAACCGUGGUUUGACGUGACGACGAACCAAGCUGCGGCUGGUUGAAACAAAACUACGCACAUAUUUCGCUUCAACAAACUACAGGCCGAUUGAACUCGCCCUGCGGGAACGACAACCCGCGACUAGAUACGCCUUUAUUUUAGCCGCAAGCUUAUGGCGUCUCGUCGAUCGGGGCCUUUAGUUAUAGACGAUCGAAUUGUAAUGUCAAACAAUAUAUGUUGUUGUCAUUAGGAAUUAUAUUUCGCAUGAUACGCUUGAGAUGGGCUCUUAUUGAGUAUUAGCCAAAGUAAGUCGAAAGGGUCGAUAUAUAAUUCACUUAUGAUUUGUCGAUUUUGUUCAAGAUUACGUUUUUAGAAGGUGGCUUACUGCCAUUAUUGCGCCACCUCAAACGUAAUGUUUUAUUUAUAUUACAAGCUUUAAUUUAGAAAUGACGAAAUCUCGACUGCAUGCAUAGAACUGACACCGUUACUUAAAUAUAAGGAAAAUGUAAGACGAUUUAAAUGUUAUUUUUAUUUCACCAUGUAUAUUCCUCUCUAGUUAUAUUAAUGAUUCAAAUAUAUGACAGUUUAUAUGACAUUAACGCGAUUUACAUAUUUAACGCAGUCGUCUGAAAAUAAAAAAAAGAUUUUAAUGCAACUUAUAAUUACAAUUCUAUUUAAAAAUGAAUUUAAUACUCUGUUAGGAAACGAUUUUUGUGUCUCAUAAAUAAAUUAAUGAUUGUCAAUUUAAUGUAAAUAUGGUUAAAUUAUAGUAAACCACGUAUUGUUUUUUUUUUAAAUAUUUGUGUGUGUUGAGAAAUAUCACGAUUGUAUUUUAAUAUUUUUCGUGGACCUUGAUGUUAAUUGUAAAUUCCUGAAGUGUCAAACAUUUACCAACUAGAUAAUUAGAAUUAUUAACGUAUAUGCAUGAAAGUUCUUGUAUAUAAAACAUUUUUGUACAUUUAGAUCUUUAAUUUAAUUAUUAUAAUAAUAAUUAGUUACAAAUUAAACCUGUAAGAUCCUGAAUAUAGUAUAUAAUAAUA